ACGUUGCCCCCGCGGUGCAUGAGUCGCGUCUUCCGCUGAAACCAACCCUCCACACUUCGUCGCCAUGAUCCCGCCAUAACCCUCGUCGCAAUAUCCAGCACUACCUACCUACCUACUAUUACUACAUACUUCAAAGUCCAGCACAGACUCUGAUACACCCAAAUGGCCACCCCGACGCCCUCCUCGUCCAUCCCGCAGCGCCUCUGGGCCGCCCAGAUCCCCCUGCACAUCACUCACCGGUCCGCGCCCUCGACCUCGACGCCCCUCAUCACGAGCGUCCCGCGCUUCAGCUACCUGUCGCUGCUGCUGCCGCGCCUCUCGGCCUACUUCGACGCCCCCUGCUCCAGCUUCCACUUCGAGGACGUGCAGCUGAGGAACCUGGCCGUGGGGCUGCUGGCCGACCUGUACGCCCCGAGCCUGCCCUGGCGCCUGGUUGUGGAUGACGGCGUGGCGUGGGAUAUUGGAGAUACCUUUUUGAAUAGUGUCAAGGAGGCCGACUUCAUCCGCUACGGCAACGCCAACCAAAUCAUGAAAAUGUCCAAAGAACACACCACCCAGCUCUGGAACUCCGUCAUCGACAACGACUACGCCGCCUUCUCCAAGAUACACACCCGCCUGCUCAACGCCCCGGCCACGCUCAAGCACGCCCCCAUCCGCAUCUACAUCCCCUCGAGCACCGCCGGCGGCGCUUCUGGCGAGGGUGAGGGUGCUGCUACUGCCGCCCCUGCAGCCGGUGAAGCUGGAUCGUUCAGAGUCGUCCAGUCACUGGUCCCCGUCGUGACGCCAGACCGCAAGCCAAAGCUGCUGGGGCAGGCCCUCAAGGACCUCAUGCCUACGCUGUUUCCCAGCAGUCGGGAUCCCGUGCUGGCGAGCGUCGUGCUCCAUGGCGUGCCGGCUCCCUUCAAUGCCCCCUUGGGGGAGAUGAUGAGGGAGGCGGCGUACCCUGAUGGCUGGCUUUGCUUCGUUGUUGUCGUCUGAGGGGCGGUAAUGGUUUGGUUUCACGACAAAGCAUGGCGUCCCGUGGUUACGCUGAGGCUUUCGGGAAAGUCUGUCGCAUCAUGAUGGGGCGGAACGGCGUCUGGGAAGGGGCUACUAGCGAUUUUGGAUUCUCUUGGUUUUACUACGUUGUAUUAGACUGCCGUGACGGAAUUCUGGCCAUCCAUACAGUCUUUCUGCUAUCUGGCAUUUACUUG